AUGUCAGAUCAGGUAUCAGAGAAGGAUGCCGGCCCAACGUCGUACAAUUACCCUUUCGCAGCCGCUCCAGACAUAAUACGAUCUCACCAGAAAGAUGCCUACUUCGAAGGUGUUCUCCUCAACCACCUAUCUAAUUUACUGCGAAAGAUAUAUGGCGCGCGAUUCUUACACACUUAUACCUCGGAAGCGCGAACGUUCUCUGAACUCCUAUACCUAGGCCUCACGACAUUGAUUGGGAAUCGAACUCUUGGAGAAGAAUACUGCGAUGUGAUACAAAUUGAGGAUGAUACAUUAAAACUACCGGCAAUAUCGCGCAGAGCCGGAUACAUCAUUACCUCUAUUCUACUUCCAUACUCUUUAAACCGAAUACUGCCCUCCUUUCGAAGCCGAAUACGGACCAAGCUUGAAGCAAAUUUACGUCGUUUGACGCGGAGCGAACAGCAGAAUUCGAGAUCAUUCAAGAUUCAAUCAUACUUGCUCGAGCACCUCGCUACAAUAACUUCUCCAUCACCGCUUCACGCGCUAACGAUCACGAUUUUCUAUUUUACUGGGUCUUACUAUCAGUUGUCUAAAAGGCUAUGGGGUCUGCGAUAUAUCUUCACAAAACGUAUUGCGCCAUCCGAGGCAAGAGUCGGCUACGAGGUUUUAGGUGUGUUGCUGGUAUUGCAAAUGACGGUGCAGACGUGGUUGCACUUGCAUUCAACAUUCCGCGUGCCAGUACCCGCAAAUCCCGAUGCCACGAUGGGUGGCUCUGCUGUGCUGGAUGGUGGUGUUGAGGUUUCACUAGAUCCUAAUGCUUAUUCUUCCAACAACGAAUUACUCUUCGAGUCCUCGCACCCGUUAGGGAUCAUACAACAUUCGAACUUCAAAAUCGGGAAAACUACACACACCCCCGUCUCGGACGAACCAAAAAUACACCUAGAGCAGGAUGACAAAAUGAAGUGGAUCAAAGACAAACAACAAAGGAAGUGCACAUUAUGUUUGGAAGAGCUCAAGGACCCUAGCGCUGUAGCUUGCGGUCACGUAUUUUGCUGGGUUUGCAUUGGAGAUUGGGUUAGAGAGAAACCUGAAUGCCCUCUGUGUAGACGAGAGGCUUUGGCUCAGCACAUACUGCCAUUGCGAUGUUGA